CACACAAAGUUGUCCAUUGAAUGACCGCUUACUUUUCCCGUAAUGAGAACUCGUCUUCGUCUCGCCCAAAGAAUCUGGACUGAUCGAAACCCGCACGAAAGAAUUCUAAAAUAGUUAUCUCAGAUGGAAAAAGAAGAAUCAAGUAGGUGAAGCGAGAUCGAGGCGAUCUGAUCGCGAGCUUUUAAAAGGACGAGGCGGUAAUCGAACCUGAUACACUUCAACUUUUACUCUUGUACGUUCACACUUACUCUCUCUUGGGUCGAAGAAGCCAUCUGCGUUCUUUUACUGUCGCCGUUCGCUAUCAGAACCCACUCGAAGAGACUGGAAACUGCAAAGAGAAACAGGAUCCAUGGAGGGAAGUGGCGCAGGAAAUGGUUUGGGGUGCAGCAAGGUGAUAGAGUUGAAUGGAAGCAGGAAGAAGGUUGAGAAACCCAUUCCGUCUUGCUGCAGGAAGGGGAUGGCUGCGCUGCCUGAGGCUGAAGCGAAGCUGCAUGCUACGGUGGUAUCGGGGUGGUUCUCUGGACAUCGGUGCAGCUCUGAUAAGAACAGCCGGCCUCUUUAUUACAACAAUCCAAUGUGGCCUGGUGAAGCACAUUCCUUGAAGGUGGAAGAAAUUUUAUAUGAAGGGAAGUCAAAAUAUCAAGAGAUACUAGUUUUUAAGUCCUUAAUAUACGGAAAGGUGCUUGUGCUCGAUGGCAUUGUCCAACUCACGGAAAAAGAUGAAAGUGCGUACCAGGAGAUGAUUGCCCACCUUCCUCUUUGUUCAGUUUUAUCCCCAAAAACUGUAUUGGUCAUAGGAGGUGGUGAUGGUGGUGUUCUGCGGGAAAUUUGUAGGCAUCGAUCCGUGGAGCACAUUGAUAUAUGUGAAAUAGAUGAGCUUGUCAUCACUGUUUGCAAGGAAUUUUUCCCUGCACUUUCCAUUGGUUUUGAGGACCCUCGUGUUCAUCUUCACGUUGGUGAUGCUGUUGAUUUUCUGAGAAAUGCAUGUGAAGGGAUGUAUGAUGUAGUAAUUGUAGAUUCUUCUGACCCUAUAGGGCCUGCUCAGGAGCUUGUUGAAAAGCCAUUUUUUCAAACAAUUGCAAAGGCUUUGAGGCCUGGUGGCGUCCUCUGCAAUCAAGCAGAAAGUAUGUGGCUUCAUACACAUCUUAUUCAAGAUAUGCUUUCCAUUUGUCGCGAAGUAUUCAAGGGCUCUGUGCAUUAUGCUUGGACAAGUGUUCCUACAUAUCCCAGCGGUGUCAUUGGAUUCUUGUUGUGCUCAACGGAUGGUCCACAUGUUGACUUCUUGAAUCCAGUAAACCCAAUUGAGAAGCAGGAAGCAGCAGUAAAGCUCCAAAGCGAACUCAGAUUCUAUAACUCAGAGAUGCACAAGGCCUCUUUUGCAUUGCCAUCAUUUGUAUUGAGGGAGCUGAGCACAACACUGAAUGAUUUGCCAGAUGGGGUAAAGAUAGGAGAGAAGCCGACUGAUCGCCAUGUGAGGAGAAAAUUUUCAGAUAGCCUGAAUGCAAACUGAAUAUGCAACGAUUUGGUAAGCGGCUUUUGAUCACCAUCUUUAGUAGAACCAAUGUAACAAAUAAGGGCAUGCAUUCUAUCUUCCAUACAUUUAUCAAAACAAUGUUACUUAUCAUUAUAAAAAUUGAUGUUACUCAUUUAUAUCCCUUUUUUUUA